UCCGGGAAUUCCUCCAGGAGUUCCUCCGGGAAUUCCUCCAGGAGUUCCUCCGGGAAUUCCUCCAGGAGUUCCUCCGGGAAUUCCUCCAGGAGUUCCUCCGGGAAUUCCUCCAGGAGUUCCUCCGGGAAUUCCUCCAGGAGUUCCUCCGGGAAUUCCUCCAGGAGUUCCUCCGGGAAUUCCUCCAGGAGUUCCUCCGGGAAUUCCUCCAGGAGUUCCUCCGGGAAUUCCUCCAGGAGUUCCUCCGGGAAUUCCUCCAGGAGUUCCUCCGGGAAUUCCUCCAGGAGUUCCUCCGGGAAUUCCUCCAGGAGUUCCUCCGGGAAUUCCUCCAGGAGUUCCUCCGGGAAUUCCUCCAGGAGUUCCUCCGGGAAUUCCUCCAGGAGUUCCUCCGAGAAUUCCUCCAGGAGUUCCUCCGGGAAUUCCUCCAGGAGUUCCUCCGGGAAUUCCUCCAGGAGUUCCUCCGGGAAUUCCUCCAGGAGUUCCUCCGGGAAUUCCUCCAGGAGUUCCUCCGGGAAUUCCUCCAGGAGUUCCUCCGGGAAUUCCUCCAGGAGUUCCUCCGGGAAUUCCUCCAGGAGUUCCUCC